AUGAAGAAAGUUCUCAUUCAAAACAGUGAGCAAUUGGAGUUGGUGAGGGAGGAAAUUCGUGUUUCAUCUCAGUUUAGCCAUCCUAAUUUGCUUCCUCUUCUUGAUCAUGCAAUCAUUGAAGUCAAGCCCUCACAAGAUCAAUCCUGGAAACAUGAAGCAUACUUAUUGUUUCCUAUCCAUUAUGGAACACUAUUGGACAAUGCUAAAGCUACGAAAGCUAAGGAGUUCUUUUCUACCUCUGAUGUACUACAACUAUUUCGUCAGCUUUGCGCGGGGCUUAAGCAUAUGCAUACGUUUGACCCUCCAUAUGCACAUAAUGAUGUCAAACCGGGCAACGUCCUUGCGACAUACAGGAAAGGUCAGUCACCUUUAGCGAUAUUGAUGGACUUUGGAAGUGCUCGUCCUGCACGAAAGCAAAUUCGAUCACGUUCAGAAGCAUUACUGUUGCAGGAAUGGGCUUCCAAACACUGCUCUGCUCCUUUCCGUGCUCCUGAAUUAUGGGAUUGCCCAAGUCAUGCUGACAUCGACGAGAGAACUGAUAUCUGGUCGUUGGGCUGCACUUUGUACGCGAUCAUGUACGGUGAAUCUCCUUUCGAGUACGCGCUUGGAGAAUCUGGAGGCAGCUUACAGCUGGCCAUUGUAAAUGCCCAAGUAAAGUGGCCAGUGGGUCCCGACCCUCCUUACCCGGAGGCCCUUCACCAGUUCGUAAAAUGGAUGCUCCAGCCUCAAGCCACCGUUCGGCCAUGCAUUGAUGACAUCAUAAUUCACGUGGACAAGCUGAUCUCAAAAUUUUCAAGUUGA